AUGCUCGUCGAGACGACACAGGUACGAGUGCAGGAGAGCGUCGAGCACUUGGCGCAGGUCUGGGUGGUGCAAACCGUGGCCAAUCUGGAGCGAUCAAUACCAAUCGAGCACAGCCACCGACCCGUGUGGGUGUCGAGCGACCUCUGGAAACAUCACACUCUGCCGGAGGGGGCGACAUCCAGCUUUGAGACCUGCAACUUGCGCCGCACGCAUCGGUUGGAGGUUCGGCUUGGUUUUCGCUUCCAAGUAUCCCCGGUAAGAAACGACUCCGCGGCGGAGUAG